AUGAAAGCGCUCUUAGUAGCGCUAUGUAUCGUGUACGCAACGUCGCUGACGCCACUUGCCCCGCUUUCCGCCACGGCUGACGACGACUGUGCACUUUACCUGACGGGGCCUGGCCGCUCCUCUGCAUAUGACUACAGUCUCAAUCUACUAAAAGGAAAUUUCGCAUACGAUGGUCAACACACUUGCAUAACAUAUGAAGCCAUAAAUCAAGCUUACCUCGAUGCAAGAAACAGAAUUCUUGUUGCGCAGCCAAAAGGUGACUGGAAAGCUGAAGACUUCGCAAGUGUUGGUGAACUUAUUUUGGACAUCUCUAUUAGUUUAGCACGAACGUACGGCUUAACGUACGAGGAAAUCGAAAAAGGCUUGCCGUUAAUCGACACCUCUCGCACAUUAAUCCGCGAGGUGUGCCCGCCUGUUUUCUCGCACGUCGAGUGUCGCGCCGGGAAAUAUCGCCGACUUGAUGGCCUAUGUAACAACCUGAAACACCCAACGUGGGGUGCAACUAUGGCGCCAUUCCAAAGAUUAAUUGGUCCCCUCUUCUCCGACGGCAUCAACGCACCUCGUAUAUCGCAUUCUGGACACGAUCUGCCACUUUCCCGCGUGGUGUCCCGGACUAUGCACCCGGAUGAUGGCUUCCACGACCACGCUGGUACAGUCAUGGUUAUCGCUUGGGGGCAAUUUAUGGACCACGACUACACUUUAACAGGAACUCCGCUUGAUCCGGUGCACCGAAACGACCCUGAGGAAUGUUGCAAGCGCCCCCUUCAUCUCAAACACCCGUACUGCAACGAGAUCAUUGUGCCAGGCGACGACUAUUUCUAUCGUCUUUUUGGGGUCAAGUGUAUCGACUUCGUAAGGGGAUUCCCUUCGCCUAGACCCGGCUGCCGUCUGGGCUCAAGAAUACCCUUCAAUACCUUAACUGGAGCCAUAGAUGGGAACACCGUGUACGGUGUCACUGAAAAGUUCGCUAGAAAACUACGUACUGGAUAUGGCGGGCUUCUACGUAUGAACCCUGUGUUUAAGGAAUAUGGUCUUAAAGACCUGUUGCCUCUCAAAUUGGAUAUCCCUGACGAAGGUUGUACGAGACCUAAUAAAAAUAUGUACUGCUUUGAAGCUGGCGAAAUUAGAGUCAACGAACAACUAGUCCUCACAGUGAUGCACACUUUGAUGGCUCGAGAACAUAAUAGAGUUGCGGAAGCUCUGGCACACGUGAACCCCCACUGGGACGAUGAAAGCCUAUUCCAGGAAGCUAGACGCAUUAAUAUCGCAGAAAUACAACACAUCACUUACAAUGAAUUCUUGCCUAUUUUACUCGGCAAAGAUGUUAUGGAGAAAUUCGGUUUAGUCCUCGCCAAAGAGGGUUAUUGGGAAGGAUAUGAUGAAGAAGUGAAUCCAGACGUGAUUGCGUCUUUCGCGGCAGCAGCUUACCGAUUCGGUCACUCCCUUUUACCUACCGCCGUUGAAAGAUGGUCCAAGGCACACAAAUUCAUUGCAUCAAAACGUUUGUCAGAUCUGAUACGAAGACCAUAUGAUUUGUACCGAGCUGGCGUUCUCGAUGAAUACGUAAUGGGACUAAUGAAUCAGGUAGCUCAAGCUAUGGAUGACUCCAUUACCCAAGAAGUUACAAAUCAUCUAUUCAAGAAAGUAGGAGCUCGUUUCGGAAUGGACUUGGUAUCGUUUAAUAUGCAAAGAGGUCGAGAAUUCGGUCUUCCAGGCUACAUGGAGUUUAGAAAGUUCUGCGGUCUCUCUGGUGCUGAUACAUUCCAAGAUUUGUUUGGAUCUAUGGCGAAUGAAACCAUUCGUAAAUAUGAGUCGAUUUUCGAACACCCCAUCGAUGUGGAUUUAUGGUCUGGCGGUGUUUCUGAAAGACCAUUGCCAGGAUCAAUGCUGGGGCCGACAUUUGCUUGCGUUAUUGCUACCCAGUUCUCUUACUCAAGAAGAGGUGACAGAUUUUGGUUCGAGCUACCUAACCAGCCUUCAUCAUUCACUCAAGAGCAGUUAGCCGAAAUUAGAAAGUCCCGUCUUGCGCGUAUUAUUUGUGAUAAUACUGAUAUCAUUGAUACAGUCCAGCUUUAUCCUAUGGUGCUACCUGAUCAUGAAUUAAACCCCCGGGUACCGUGUAGAAGUGGUAUCAUCCCAUCGAUGGACUUCAGUAAAUGGGCUGACCCAGUACCUUUCCUAGGUGGCGCUAAAGAAUAUAUGACAGAUGCGUAUACCUUCAAUGGAACAGCAACUCAAAAUAAUCAGGCAGACAAGAUAUGUAAUAAUUCAAAUGAAACCUGUGCUUCUAACAAAAUUUUAAAUACAAAUUCACAAAAUAAUGACAAUAGCAAAGACUUCAACAUUUUAAUAAAAGAUAAAGAAAUCAAUAACUUAUGUUUACAUCCGACAAAGAAUACUGAUUGCUUAGAUGCUGUUAUUAACAAUAACACAAAUGAAGCUUCGAACAUAGGCAAAGACCUAGCCAAUCAAUUGAGAGAGAAGACUACGUUAAAAUAUGUUAACAAAAAGGAUAUUAAUGUAAAAGCAUCUGAAAAAUUAAAAGGACAUUUUAAAAAUAGUUUAAAGAGGAAAAGGCGAUCAUUUAAUAGGAAUAUCGAAGACAAUGGCAAAACAAUAGCGCAUGGAAUAUAUGAUGUAAUUAAAGAUCAAAAUAUAGAGAGGGGAGAAUUAAACUUGCCAAAAUUCAAUCCAAGCGACAUCAUCAAACCUUCUGAUAUAGCUGAUUUCAAAGUUGAAACUCUACAUAAUAGGAAUAAACCUGAUCAAAAUCAAUUAGAAAGAGGAGAACAAAAAUAUUAUGACCAUAAUAAUGACCAAUAUUUUCCUAAUUCAAAAGAAAGGGGAAAUACGAAUAAUGAAAACACAUCAUACCGCGACGAUAAAUAUAAAACACUCAUAAAAGACGAAAAUUUGCAUGAAUCCCAGAGAAGAUUUAACCCAUCGUUACAAAAAGAAAUACAAGGAUAUCAUGAUGAUAUAAAUAGUAAGCAUAAUUCACCUAAAACCAGAGAACUUACCGAAAAAAGUGAAGAAAUCAAUGCAAGAGAAGAUUCUAACCAGGAAAAUUCAUCGGAUGAAGAUCUAAACGAUAACAGAUCCAACGAAAAUAAUAAAAUGGUUGAAAGGUUGCGUGAUAAUGUAAAACCACCCAAUAAUAUUUUGUCAAGAGGAAAUAUACGGUAUUAUAAAGAUAAAAAAAACAAGUAUCACAUCUCCAAACCUAAACCACUUAACAGCGCAAGUCAUGAAAAUUAUGACAAUGAUGAUUCAAGUGAAAAUAUUAAUAAAAAUAACCCAUCCCUCGAGGAAGAAGAUGAUGAUGUUCAGGGUAGAAAGUUUGUAGAUAGUGAAGAAUUGGAUGGUAAUAGAUCUAAACCGUUUUCACCCAGUCAUAAAGAAGAAAUUAAAAAUGAAAAUGUAAAGCAAACUGACAAAGAUAGAUUUACAUUUUCUCAAGAAGAUGAGAGUGACGAGGACUCCGGUGAAAGUUACAAAAGAAAUGAAAGCUUGCGUGGUCAUAAACAGCAACCUGAAAAUAAUUUGCAUAGGCAUAGUGAAAGAUAUUAUAAUAAUCGUAGAAACCCUGUAUCUGCACCUAAAACAGUUGCAGAUUAUAGUGAUGAAACGGAUGAAACGGAAGAUGAAGAUGAAUAUGCAGAUGAUGAAGACGAUGAACCUCUUGAAAAUUUCAAACAGGAUGGUAGAAUUUAUAGUAAUAAGCCAUCGUCCGAUGAUAUAUUAGAAAAACAUAAUCAACAAUAUAAUGACAAUAGAAAUGAAUAUUUCUCAUCAGCGGUAAAAAAUCAAGAUGAAAGUCGUAAAGAAAAUUAUUCCAAAGAUAAUGAAGACGAAGAGGGUGACCCUAAUGAAAAUUUUAGUAAUAAUAGAGACACGAGACAUCAAGGACUUGUCAAAGAAAGAGAUGAGAGUAAUGAAAGCCAAGGAAGUCAUAAAGAAAAUCAAUAUCAGGAUAAUGAUGAAGUUGACGAACGAGGUAUACCUCAAAAUAAACAAACGUUUAAUAAAUUACAAACACAAAAUCAAUUAUAUCAUAACGACAACAAUAACAAUCCCUUACUACAAUCUGAUAAUCCUAACAAUGCACGUAACGUAAAUUAUGGAAGACAAAGCGCUAAAAUAGUAAAUGAAUAUGAAGAUGAAGAUAAAAAACUUAUUGAAAAUUAUAACAAAAAUAAAGACGUAUCUACUCAUAUUGCACAAAAACCAGUAUAUAGCUAUAGUCCUACCGAUUCUGAGAGAGAAAAUAGCAAUCAAAAAGAUGGUAGUUUAAAAUACACAAAUCAGCCCAAAAUACACAGAAAUAGUGAAAAAUCUGGGAGACCAAUAGACAUUCCCAUUCAAACUAAUAUCAAAAGUAAAAAACCACACCUACUGACUGAUGAUAGGUCAUUUUAUGGCAAAAACACAAACGACGAGAGAAACUCAAAGGAAAAUUUUAGCGAUAGCCGACGAAAGGAGACUCAAAUAUCAAAUGAGGAUUAUAAGAUUAGCCCAAAAGAACAAGAUACUUACGAUAAAUCCAAAGCUUUAGAGAAUGAUGACUUAAGUAACUUUAGUUAUGAUAAGUUUCGGGGUGAUCUAAAUAGGGGAAACCUUGAUCCUGAUAAGGCUUCACACGAAAACUAUGAAAGUGAUUCUUUAGAUCAAAUUACAACUACUAUCAAACCAAAAAUUAAAAAAUCACAUAAAGGUAUACACAGCAAUAUAAAAAAACCAACUAAAUUUAAUAAGCAAGUUCACAUUAAUAGAGAUGUAGGAAAACCCGUAAAAGAAUUAACCAAUGAAAAUAGCAAUGAAGAAGCUAAGAAAAAUUCUAAUGAGAACUUAAAUGGUAAUUAUGAUAGCAUUCUUCCAAACAGAGGUAAUUAUCGUAAAGUUGAUUCAACUAAAACCAAUGGAAAAGCCAAUAUUAAACAACAGUUUCCGAGAAUAUCUUCAGAUUAUAUCCAUGUAGGCUCUGAUAAAACGAAAAGUAGAUAUUCUGCCAAGAAUACUGAAUCAGAAGGUACUCUUGAUACUUUAUCCCCAAAAAACGAUAACUAUGACGAAAAUUUAAAAAUAAAGUUUGGUAAUGUUAAUAUAAAAUUACCUGAAAUUAAACUUCCGGAAGAUAUUUUAGCAUAUACUCAAGAAGUUCCUGAAAACAAUAAGGAUAAAACUAAUUACUACAAUUAUCAUAACGAAGAUGCGGCACAAUAUACGCAGAAGCCUCGUGGAAACCCUGAAAAUAUUCACCAUUACAACCCCACAGAUACGACGGUAUAUUCCCAGCAACUGAAACCCAAAGGAGACAAAACACCUGAAGAAUAUGACUUUUUCGCAUCAUAUAUUAACAAACCUCAUGAAGAAACUAAGACUGAUGAUGCAAAUAGCAAAAGCGUCGUUGAAGAUGGUGAAGACUUAUAUGAACGAUUUGUUCGGGAAAGAUUCGGUAGAAAAGACUCUUUCAAGGAAAGGUCUGAAAAAUUGCAAGACAAGAAAAAAAAGUUACAGGAGAAUAAGCCCACGACAAAGAAUAAAGAAUUAUUUGCCAAUAUACAAAAAGCAAUAAAAAAGGCAGAAGAAGUUCAAAAACAGGCAGAAAACAGUAAAGAUCCAAAAGCUAAUUAUCUGUGGACUUUAGAGUAUGGAGAAAAAUUAUAA